AUGUCCCAGCUCUUAUACAAAUACUUCUUGAAGAAGACAAACUUGGAUAGCCUUGUUGCUAUGGGUCCCACGUCGGAUCCAUACUUUGAAGAAAUUCCAGAAAAUGACUUGCACUUUUACCAAAGGAAAGGCGCCAAGCGGAGAAGAAAGCUUCCAGGAUUCAUCCCGAAACACGACUUGAAAGUGUUGGAAUCCGUGAAGAGAAAGGCAUAUAGAUUGGACUUGCAAUUGAGUCUCUGUGGCUUGCGGAUUGGCUGGGCAGGUAUCAUUGGCUUAAUUCCGUGGAUUGGAGACUUCAUUGCUAUGAUGUUUGCGAUGCAAUUGUUGAGGAAAGCUGACCAGAUUGAAGGUGGUCUUCCUCCACUGUUGCGUAGGAAAAUGCAAAGCAAUAUCGUCAUGGAUUUUGGAAUUGGCUUGAUUCCUUUGGUUGGAGAUUUCAUCAAUGUAUUGUACAAGUGUAAUCUGCGAAACUUUGUGUUGUUGGAGCAGCAUUUGGUACAUAAGUACGAAAAGCUAGCGGCGGUCACCACCAAACCUCUGACGAAACAUGACGCGAGGCCGGAAGUGAUGGUGUGA